CACGUCUGUCCGCUGGGGGCGCCGGUGUGCAGGGAUCAGAAUCCAACCGCAGCUGCAGUUUGUGAUGGUCCAGGCGUAAUGGCGACUGCUGAAACAGCAGACUCGGGAUCAACAGUCCCGACAGGGGCCAGCAGCAUUCGGAAAAUGGCCCCUGCAGAGUUGCCUGGUUCUUCAAGCACAACUCAAAGUAUGAAGAAGACCAUCGGGCACCGGGGUGUUGAGACCACCACCGGAGAGACCACAUACAAAAAGACCACAUCAUCUGCCCUAAAGGGGGCAAUCCAAUUGGGCAUUGCUCACACAGUUGGCAGCCUAAGCCAAAAGGCAGAACGAGAUGUUCUCAUGCAGGACUUUGUGGUUGUUGAAAGCAUCUUCUUUCCCAGUGAAGGGAGUAACCUGACCCCUGCUCAUCACUACAGCGACUUCCGCUUUAAGACCUACGCUCCUAUUGCUUUCCGAUACUUCAGAGAAAUGUUUGGCAUUCGGCCAGAUGACUACCUGUAUUCCUUGUGUAAUGAGCCACUAAUCGAGUUGUCAAACCCGGGAGCCAGCGGAUCCAUCUUCUAUGUUUCUAGUGACGAUGAGUUCAUCAUCAAGACAGUUCAACACAAAGAGGCAGAAUUUCUUCAGAAGCUCCUACCCGGUUAUUUUAUGAAUAUAAACCAAAACAAGCGCACCCUGCUGCCUAAAUUCUACGGACUGUACUGCGUUCAGGCCGGGGGAAAGAAUAUCCGCAUUGUUGUAAUGAAUAACCUCCUUCCCCGGAUCAUUCCCAUGCACCUAAAAUACGACUUGAAGGGCUCCACCUAUAAGAGACGAGCCUCUCCUAAGGAAAGAGAAAAGGCUGUUCCUACUUACAAAGACCUGGAUUUUAUCCAGGACAUGCCUGACGGUUUGCUGCUGGAAGCUGACAACUACAAUGCCCUAUGCAAGACUAUUCAGAGGGACUGCUUGCUUCUGCAGAGUUUCAAGAUCAUGGACUACAGUUUGUUAAUGGGCAUCCACAACAUGGAACAAGCAAGUCGAGAGCGUAGCGGAGGUAAUUCAGGGGACAGCGUGGCCCUGGAAGGUCCAGUAACUCCUGAUCAGCGUCGACCACAAGCCCAGAAGAGUUUGUACUGUACCGCCAUGGAGUCCAUCCAGGGCGAAGCUCGAGGAAAAGGGGCUCUGGAUUCAGAAGACCAUGUGGGAGGAAUUCCGGCUCGCAAUGUGAAAGGAGAGAGGUUACUCAUUUACAUUGGCAUUAUUGACAUUCUCCAGUCCUACAGGUUUAUUAAGAAGUUGGAGCACUCCUGGAAAGCACUGGUCCAUGAUGGGGACACUGUUUCAGUUCACAGACCUGGUUUCUAUGCGGAACGUUUCCAGCAGUUUAUGUGCAACACAGUUUUCAAGAAAAUUCCACUUAAGCCGUCACCUUCUAAGAAGAGUCGUGGUGGAGGUCAGGGUGGGCUUAGACGAGCCCCCACCUUGGUGGGUCCCACUCCAUUCUCCCACACAGCAGGACAGUCUGCUGGUGACUCCAGACUAGUCUAUCACAGCCAUUUUAAAAGCACAGAGUCAGAGGCUGAGACCGGUGUUCAGUCAGACAAACCAGAUCUGGUUCCUAGAACUCCUCCGCCAGCUGACAAUCCAGCUGAUGCUGAGGCCAAUCUAUCCACCUCAUCUCUAGGCAGCACAGGAGGAGGCUCUGCCUCUCCUCCGCUACGGUCCGUUGGAGUAGAAGUACACAAAUCAGCAAACACCGAUCAUGACCAGGGAACCUCUGACAGUUUGGGGGCGGAAGGGGCCGCUGAUAAUUCAACCAACCUGUCUGGAAAUGAAGAGGUAGUUUCUCUCUCCGACAUCAUCCCAGAGACUAACAUCUGUUUUUGAAAAAGAACAAAAAAAUAGAAAAAAAAACAAACCUGGCCACAUCUAUGAAGAUGAGGCACUUCUGGAUGCGACGAGGCGGUGGGAAGUAAGAUCAACAUGAAUGAAAGUCAUCUGUCCAAGACACCCCUCCUUAGCACCUAUGUUAUUUAGUCAACCUUCAGUAUAGACUUGAGCCGCUCCGUGAACAACAAGGAGAGCCGUAAUGAAAAGAAGUGGACGACUUCAGGCUUCACAGGCUGUGUAUUCGCGUUUGAACACACACAGCCUUGGCAGCUGAAUGUCCACAGCUGUCCCAGAGAAAAGCUUCGGUCACUUGUUUAUUGUAAUGAAGCAAGUCCUCCUUUCUGUUGUAGACAAAAGAGAUGCGAUUGUGCAGAUAAUCCAGCAGAAGCACACAGCUCAGAGCACAUGAAGGGCAAACCUCUGUGGAUGGAGGGAGCAAAUGGGUUCUUAAUAUGUGACAUCACAUCCUCUGUACCUCUGAUCAGUAAAGACACUCUGAACUGACAAUGUAGUUCAUAGAAACCAUUCAACCAACACUUGCUGCUUGAUUCCACAAUCACAUAUGCAUUUCUUCCCUAUUGUUAUCUGUGUACAGUAUUUGUAUGGAAUCAGAGUAGGAGGCUGCAGUGGGUCCGGUCGAACCAAACCUGAGGACAUAAGUUUAGCUUCAUGUUUUAAAUUAUUCUUCUAGAAGCCUCAGUGGUACUAUCAAGACAUUUGCCACUGAUGAAUGUAUUUUUACGUUCUUCUGAAGUAGAAUCAGUCUUACCACAUUUAUAACAACCUGAAAAUCCUCCCAGUUCUCAUGUGGCCACUAGGGAUGCACCGAUUGCAGUUUUCUGGCUGGUCACCGAUCUUUAAAAAGUCUGAUCUCCCGAUUCAGAAUAGCAAUUUUUUUUCUUAAAAGUUGCUAAAUAUAGCAACAAAGUUCUUAGGUUAGUAACAGUGGGUGGCUAUUGUUAACCUUGCCUGUGCAAACCAGAGCUAAUGGGCAGGUCUGACAGUCAGUCCUCUGUCACAGCAGAGCAAAAUGGGAAAGUGGUUGAUUUUCAAACCUUUGUGGAGAUCGAGAAGAUUGGUGGAUAAGAUGGGUUUCUCAUAUAAACAUUAGUAAUAAAAUUACGGCUGAUGUAUUGUUGCGCCCCUAGUGGCCAGAUAUGCUGAAGUAGGAAUGACUACAGAGCAAAGUGUUUGCAUCCUGGCUGGAUAGUAGAUGCUGGUAAAUUAAUGUUUUUUAUAUAUAUAGAAUUGUAGUCAUUUUUAAGUUAUUGUCUACCUGUCAUGUCUGUGCCUUGUGUGUUUUUCUUUGACUUUUUUAUGUAUAGCUGAUAUUGUUGAAGGUUAGUGCUGUAGUUGCACACAGAACCUGCCUUAUCACUACUGCUGAUGUUCAUCAAACUGCCAUUUGUAUGUCCUAACUAACCAGUCAGUUGUGAGGGUUUAAAAGAGUUUCAGAUUUUAAUGCAAACACUAACACCAGUUGCCAGUGUGGUUGAUUUUUGUUUCUCCUGACUUCAAACAGGAGUCAUUUCUGCUGGUUACAGAAAUGACAGUGAGUCUUAGACCAAUAUUCCUAACCGUGAGUUGAUGGGAAUUUGUUUAAAAGUUUUAGAAAUGAGGUUCUGUCAAAAGGUUGCAAGCAGUAAAUGACUUGCCUGCAGUAGAUAACUGUCUUGGCAUCUUUAUUUAGUAUAAAUCCAGAUUAGUUGGUCGUAGAGGUUGAAGCUAAGUGCUUGUCUGAGAGGAUCCAAGAGCAAAGAGGAUUUCUUAAAAGGUCUUAAAACAAGUACAAUCUAAAAAAUAUCAAUAGAGACUCAUCUACACUUUGAGAUUUUUCUUUGUAUAGCAGAAUUUGUUGGGUGUGAAUUUGUAGAGGAAGCGUGCCUAGGCAAUUUUAAUUAGUUGUAUGUUUUUCAUGUCAUGUUAUGUUAGCUCAUCUACAGCUCAUAGUUUCUAUUACAGUUUAAACUGCAAUAAAGUUUUAUUAACUCGAUCACAGUUUGUUAUUGUCAGCAGGGGAGGAUGAGGAAGUAACUCAUUCAGCUUAAGUAAUAGUUAAAAUCCCCUUAGCUGUAUUGAGGCUGAAACAAAAGGUUGGCACUUAUUACCAACAAAAUGUCUCUGGAAUUUUUUACAAUUACUCCAUUACGUUAACGUUUUAAUGACUUUAUAUGUGAUAUAAAGUUCACUCAUUUUAUUGCUAAAAAUCAUGCUUUUUUUUUUUUUUAUGGUUUUUUUGUGCGAGAAACCCCCUGCCUCACAUUCAGCUUCUGAACAAAACGUCGGUGAACAAAAGCUACACAACAAACAGCCAGGAUAAAAUAGAAAGUAGCAGGAAGUCUGAGGGAAAAUAUUCUGGGUUUCAAUCAAAACAUCUAUGUGGACGCUACUUUAAUAACAUUCAUUAAUGAUACAUGAAAUCAGACACUAAAUCACCUUUGCUGCUUGUAACAUUUAAAAGAACCUGAUUCAAAAAUCCUAAAGAUUAAUGUAUUUUAAAAGCCUUAGUGUUUAUACGCACAAAUUUGGUUUCCUUUAUUGUUUAGAACAAAGAUUUUUAUUCAUGUUUGGGACAUGAAUGAAGCUAAAUUAUUCAUGUUAGUUUUCAGAAAGGACUUCUGUUGCAUAAAUUUGAUUUACUACUUAGUGACUGUAGCAAAACUUGCCAUCGUCUCAUUUCCUGUUAUUGUCUGAAGCAUGCGCUCUAUGCAGCCGAGAGGGAGCAGGAGAAACUAAUCAAGAGAAGCAAAAUGGUCGUGUUCAUACAUGCAGAGUCGAGGGUAUAGGUGUAAGUGUUUUGUAUUCAUGGCACCAAAGAGAGAAGCAGAGCGGACACAUGAAGAGUGCGCCUGAGUUGAAGAAUGUGUGACCCACUCCUAUUUGGAUUUAUGUGUUUUUUUACAUGAUAACACAGAAGUAACCUGUGUUUUAAGGGUUUAUGAUGAAACUGGAUGUUUGUUUUCCUCCUGAACCAUUUCAUUUCUGAAAUGCUGAAUCUAUUGUGAGUCCAGUAGAUUUUUUUUAAACUGUUUUUCUUCAUCAUACAGUUGACUUUAUAGUCUUGAGACAUUUCAAAUGAUAAUUCCACAUUCCUGUAAAACUUCUAUAUACUACAGCUGUGGUAGCGCUUUAGGACCUGCUAUUUCCCACCAUUGUGUUCCGUGGAUGAUGUGCUUCAAGUAUUUAUGCUGAAAUGUUAAAUAUUAACCAUUUGAAACACAUCUAUUUAGUUGCAUUGGCUGAGAGUCAGAUAGCCACCAAAAUAACACUCCAAAUAUCUGAUUCUGAUUUGAGAAGAAGUUCAUAUUGUGUUUUCCACAACUUUAAUGUGUUGUGGUUUGGUUUUUUUGGGUUUUUUUUUUUUUUUUUUGCUGUUUCUUAAAAUAUGUGCUUGUUAGGCUCGGGAUGAAGACCAAGUCUGAGAUUUUCUACCACACUAUGGCACAAUAGAAACAUCCUUUGGUGCUCUGAGAAUACAGGCAGGUGAAGACACUACAAAGUUGAAGCAGUACAACACAAACUACAAUCUGCCACCUCUCAGCCCUGUGGGGUUUAUUUAUUUAUGCAAUCGAUUGUUGUAGGCUGAGAUGAUGAAAGGUUAUUUACUGUUGAUGAUUGUAAACUGACUGAAGGAUGUCUGAAACUUUAUAGCUUUUAAUGCCUAUAAAGGGAGACUAUUUGACAAUUUCACAUUUUAUAUUUCAUGUUUAGAUUGUGAUACAAUAUUCUCUCCAUGUUUCUGGCUCUUCCAUUGUUUUUCUACAUGAAUGUUUCAAAUGGCUUACGAGCCAGUGUUGCUGGUUGUCCUAUAUGCUUCAAUUACUAUAUUUCUACGGUGUAUAAAUGUGCAUAUGUACAUAUAAGUCACGGAAAUGCCUUCUCAUACAACAUGAACUGCCUGUUCUCCUGCCAUCUUUCAGUUUCAGUAUGUGGUGGUGAUGUUUUUAUGUCUGAUUUGAAGGAUUAAACAUAUUUUCUAAAUCUGU